GUUAAAUUCUUGUCCAGUCCAGUCUCUGCAUUCAGUUCGGGUCGAAGAGGUUCAUCUUGAGUGAUUUACAUAUUUUUAAACAGUAUUAAGGAAGGAUGAAAAUCGCAAUUUUUCUCAUCGUGGGGGUUGUCGUGGGGGUGAUUGGCUCGGAAAAUAAUGAAGCGCCCCGCGACAAGCGCCACUUGGUCCUCGUCCCACAACCGAUCAUGUACGUUCCUUCAAUCCACCACCCUCCUUCAUCGGUGAUGAUGAUGCACAGAAACCCGUCCCCUCCUCCGGUCGCGGUCAGUGUCCCCUGCGGGUCCCCAGCUUAUCGGUGUCAAGGGUCCUGCGAUGCCAACGGGGUGGGAGGCAUCACCGCCGUGAAGGGGGAGUACCCUUGGCUCGCGCAACUCUACACCGGAUCAAGAUUCGUCUGUUUGGGGAGUAUCAUUGAUAACUACAACAUUCUCACGUCCGCGUCAUGCAUAGAACCAUCCACGCCAGCUUCCGUGGCCGCGCUGCGCGUUCGUUUGGGGGACUUUAAGCUGAACACGAAUGAGGAUGGGCAAUACGUCGAGAAGAAUGUGACCACGGUUUAUAGACACACGGAUUUCCAACCUCAAGGGAAAAAUCCAGCGGUCCAUGACAUCGCAAUUCUACGACUCACGGAACCCAUCACCUUUACCGAGUACAUUCGUCCCAUUUGCAUCGACGACGGGACGCCACGCGUCGACACGGGCUAUGUCGAAGGAAUCCUGGCCGGAUAUGGAAAAAUCUCCUACUCCAACCGCCCCACGACGGAUGUUUUGCACAAAGUCAAUGUGCGAAUCGCGACGCCGACAGAGUGCCAAAGCGCCUACAUGCCGUACGGCGUGGCGCUGAGGGACACGCAUAUUUGCGCCGGGACGCCGACCAUUCCGUCCGUCGAUCCCUGCGUGGGAGGAGAAGGUGGUCCACUUUUCGUGAAAACGGGAGCCAACACGUUUGAGCAGGUGGGAAUCGCGUCGUAUGGAAUUUCUUGUGCUGGACCGCAAGCCGUUUACACGCGUGUCAGCGCCUACCGAGCUUGGAUCGAACAAGUCAGAAUGCAGACGUUUUAACGGACUUUUUGAAAAAUAUUUAUUCAAAAUGUAGUUUUGUUUCUUGAAAAAUUUUAUCAAAAUUUGAACAUGUAUGAAUUUUUGUAAUUAGAGAAAAUCUUUGUCAAAUGUAUGACUUGUAGAAAAAAUAAAACAGUUCUUAAUUGAUAAAAGCAA